AUGACACUUCUCGGAGGGCUCAGAGAGGAAUGGUCAACCGUCAUCACCACCCCUGACGGCACGCAAGCGACGUGGACCAAGGAGGAGGUGACGAUGCGCCUCAUCAACGAGGAGAUGCGGUGGAUCAACUUGAAAGGCGAUUCAACGAGUUCGGCUUACUUCUUGCGCGGAGCGAAGAAGAGCGUUGUCUACACCAAGCCACGGAAUAAUCGUGGGCAUGCAGGUGGAAGCGCGAGCUCUUCACGUGGAGGACACACCAACAACAACAACCGUGGUCAUGCUCGGGAAAGAGCAUGCCGGUAUUACAAGAAGGUUGGAUAUUGGUGGCGCGAGUGUCGGAGCAAGCCAAGGGAUUGGACUCCAACGUCUCCAACUCAAGAGGAGCGGCGCGCGAACGUGGUGACUUCGGGAGAAGACGCCAAGGAGCUCGUGUUCAUCGCCGGAGAAGGAGCUCUUGGCGGGCUCGCAUGGCUUCUCAACACGGGUGCUACACAACACAUGACACCGCACACUGAGCUUCUUGAGGAUGUCUCGGCGGAUGCUCCUAUCAAGCGUGUGGUCUUCGGUAAUUAA